AUGAUCCUCCUUUGGGAUGUUGAUGUUGGGCUUGCUCAAAUUGACAAGUACUUUCAUAGCAAUGAUAAUCAUGUGAUUGCUGGUGCAUUGUUAGGAGUUGGGGUUGUAAACUGUGGUAUCAAGAAUGAUUGUGACCCUGUGUUGGCACUUUUUGUUGAUUAUCUGGAUAAAGAAAAUUCUUCCAUUAGAAUUGGAGCCAUAACUGGUUUGGGCCUUGCAUAUGCGGGUACCCAGAAUGAACAGAUCCAUGACAAGCUGAGUCAAAUUCUUGAUGAACCGAAAGCAAGUGAGUCAGACUUGGGGGAGCCUCUUGGCUUAGGUCUUACGUGUUGGAUUGGAUUUACUAAGACCAUGCCUUCUUGUUUUGUUAGUGAACUGGUUCAGGAAUUUUGACAUUAACUUACAUGGGCACAUUUCUUUUAGUGUAGAUUUUUUCGAAGAUAAAUGAAUCCAAAGAAGAUAAGUAUCUCCUGUUGUUUGUAUAUAUACACUUUUUCUUCUUGUUUAAAAACUUAAAAACUAUAUAAUUGUGAAGAUUGAAGGUUCACACACUGUUAAAAGGAUUGGAAAAGAUAGUUGCAAGUGCAGAUAUUCCAAUGUUAGUCUGUGGUGACUUCAAUUCAGUUCCAGGAAGUGCCCCUCAUGCACUUCUUGCAUUUGGAAAAGUUGAUCCAAUGCAUCAAGAUUUAGCAAUUGACCCUCUUGGAAUCUCGAUGAAACACUAUAACUGGAACCAUGUAUCCUAGAGAUUUGAAAUAGUUCCUAAAGAACUAGCUACAAUUUAUAAAUCUAAAUGAGAAAUAAUGCAAGCUGUAAGAUUCUCACCUGCAUUUCAGUAAGUUGCUUACGCCAUCAGUUCUUAUUGGUCUAUUGGUUAAUGCCCACCAACAUCUCCUAGCACUAAGGAUAUCAGAUUAUCUUGGAAUACACCAAGUUCUGUGAUAUUUCCAAUACCAAUGAUAAGGAAGAAUUACAAUCUGGUGUUGUGGAAGGAGUCAAUCUCUUUGGGAAGUAAUGGAGCCAAAAGAAGGUAGUCUACUCUAGGUGCAGUUUGUUAUUAUUCUAUUGGUUAUUUGAAGCAUGGAGUUGAUGCCUCCUGCAAGUGAAGUUACUUAGAUGGAAUUUGAUGUACAUAGUAGAUUAGAUGCAAAUUUAUAGAUUGUAAGAAAUAGAAUUGUAUGACAUUAAAUUUAUGCAAUGGAUUCUAUUUUUUUUAUAAGAUA